AUGAUCAAGAUCGCACUGGCAGGGACCAGUGGUCUCUCUCAAUACAUCGCUCACUAUAUAUCCACGCAAACAUCCCACCAGUUUUUCUUCUUAUCGCGAACUCCAAAUCCCGGCCUCACAGCCAAAGGGUGGCAGGUCCUCCCCGUGAACUACGACAAUCUUGACGAUGUACGCUAUAAGCUGGUUGGUGUCGAUACCAUCAUUUCGACUGUCACUGGCCCAGCCCAGCUGUCACUUAUCGAGGCUGCCGCCGAAGUACACGUUCGCCGCUUCGUGCCGUCCGAAUUCGAGGGACCACUACUUCAGCGUCCAGCGACAAACGAUCCACUUGACCGGGGCCAGAAGAGCGCCAUGUCUCUGCUCUCUGAGAAAAGGGACCAAUACGGCAUGCAAUUUUCAGCAUUUUCCUGUGGUGUUUUCUAUGAGAGAUUCUACCCAGGAGGAAUGGCGGCUCUGCAACUCGGCGCUGGAACAUAUAUAUGUGGAGAAGGUGACUAUGUUGUCAAUGUCCAACAGCGUACGGCUAUCAUCCCAUUCCAUUCCUCCUCGGAUGUGUGCAUCUCCAUGACAUCCGCCGAAGACGUGGCUCGUUACGUUGUUGCUGCACUUGACCUCCCUACAUGGCCGGAUGAGUUUCUUUUAGCUGCUGAGCGGAUGAAAGUCGACGACAUUGUCACAGCGAUAGAAUAUUUCGUGUGCGGAGUGGAGUUUCAACGCCAAUACGUCAGUGAAGAGUUUCUCACCAGCGCUAUUUCAUAUGCUCAAUCUACGGGCAAUACAUCUGAAACAUGGCGCCUACGCCACCUAAUGGCCACCUUGCAAGGCCGAUACGACUUUCCUGGAGCGAGUCUCGAGCAAUUAAUUCACGAUCCACCAAAACAAUUCGUCGACUGGUUAGUAGCUGCAUGGUGUGCAGCAUAA